CCCACCCACUCUCUCCCCUCUCUGUGUGUCCCCGCACCUCUCCCCCAAUCCCCUGAUCUCCCGCACCUGCCCCGCCGCAAGAUGCAGAAGGGCUGGAAAAAAUACUUCGGCCAGAAGUCCCUGAGCGAGGUGGCCAUGGACGAGUACCUGGCCACCUUGGGCCUCUACCGCAAGCUGACGGCCAAGGAUGCCUCCUGUCUCUUCAGGGCCAUUUCGGAGCAGCUCUUCUGCUGCCAGAUCCAUCACAUGGAAGUCAGGAAGGCCUGUGUCUCGUUUAUGAAGGAAAACCAAGAAGACUUUCAGUGUUAUGUGGAAGGAUCUUUUGAAAAAUACCUGGAACGUCUGGGAGAUCCAAAGGAAAGUGCUGGUCAACUGGAAAUCAGAGCUCUUUCUCUAAUCUAUAAUCGUGACUUCAUUGUGUACCGACACCCUGGAAAACCUCCAACCUACGCCACGGAUAAUGGUUGUGGAGAUAAGAUUCUCCUCUGUUGUUCCAAUAAUGGCCAUUACGACUCUGUGUAUACCAAACAGUUUCAAACGAGUGCAGCUAUAUGCCAAGCUGUGCUGUAUGAGAUUCUGUACAAAGACGUAUUUGAUGUGGACGAAGAAGAGCUGAAAACAGCCCUGGAAGCGUUCCGGAAUGCGGCCAAGAAGAACAGAAACAGCGCUUCCACGGGAAGUGAGGAUACCUUCGUUGACAGUAAAAAUUCACCUGAAAACAGGGUGGAAGACUGGGGAGGCGGCAGCACUGUUGAGAACCUGUCUGACAAAUACAAACAAGGAGCAGAAGCAAAGCUUCCUGAAAAUCCGACUAAGAUGCAUUUCCCUUAUAAAGUGCUUAAAGCCCUGGACCCAGAGAUCUAUCGAAAUGUAGAGUUCGAUGUUUGGUUGGACAGCAGGAAAGAACUACAAAAAACUGAAUACAUGGUGUUUGCUGGGAGACAGUACUAUUUAGGAGACAAAUGUCAGGUGCGCUUGGAGCCAGCAGGCAGAUACUAUAAUGCACACAUUCAGGAAGUUGGGAAUGACAGCAAUUCAGCCACUGUCUUCAUUGAGGAGCUGGCAGAAAAGCAUGUUGUUCCCCUGGCCAACCUAAAGCCAGUGACCCCCCGUGACACCUGUGCCUGCGUGGAUGUCAUUCCCAGCCGAAAAGGAGGCAGCUACCAGAAAAUGUCCGGGGGCUACAUCUCCGAGAUGGAGAUGGAUCUGAAGUCCCGGAAAAAGCUGUUCAAGAAGGUUCGAGGGAAGGAAGUAUACAUGACGGUGGCCUACAGCCGUGGUCAGCCCGCCAUCCCUCCCAGACUCCAGCACAACAUUCCUUCGGGGCGCGCUCCUCCGAUGCACUGCCUGCAGGGCGCCGGUACCAUCACCUCGUUUGAGCCCUUCCGGCCUCAGCACGCUCCCCCACGUCAUGGCCAGGGGUUUGGCAUCCCCAGCCCAGCAAAGAGGUGUUAUCAGAGCUAUGACAACUUCUCCUAUAGAUCCCGCUCCUACAGCCGAAGUCGCCGGCAGAUGCACUGUGUGAAUAAAGAGUGCCAGUACGCCUAUGUCCCAGAGAAUGGAGAGGAGCCCAGGGGCUUGGAAGAAACCAUCACCUUUUAUGAAAUAGAAGAAGGAGAUGAGACCACUCUGCCUAGUCAAAGCAGUCAGACUCCAAUGGUCCCCGGGCCGACAGGAUUUUGGGUAGCGAGACGGGGCCCUGGUCCCAUUCCUGCUGGCAAACAGACUUUGAAUUCCUCAGAGGAAGAAGUAGAUGAGCCAAGUGACAAUGGAGAAUACCAUGAAGAUAUAUCUACAGUCCCUCAGACCCAGACUAUGAGACUUCGGCUGUUUAUGGCACAGUGGAAUCUACAGCCAACCUGUCUCUGCAGGAGGGAGGGCAGUGUAUGCUGCCACCAAGAUGGCAUGGCUUCGUACAGCUACUCACAGAAGGUGAUGGUCAACUCUGCAGUCAUCUCGACCUCUUCCUGUACCAGUCCCAUCACGGCUGCAGUCUUCUCAAACUCCGCAUCAGCCCCCCAAACUAGCGUCACCUCAUCUGUGUCACCGCAAUCUGCAAUACAGCCUGUCCCAGUGUCGCCAACCCCCAUGGGAGAGGUCAGCGUUGGCUCCGUCGACAUCCUUCUACCACCCGGCUCCGGCUGCUGCUCUUGCUUCCCCGCCUCCUAUGGCUGAGGUGGGGGAUGCUGGGAGCCUCCCGCUCCCACCCCCGCCCUACUCCUGUGACCCCAGUGGCAGUGAUCUUCCUCGAGAUACAAAGGUUUUGCAGUACUAUUUUAAUCUGGGAUUGCAGUGUUAUCAUCAGAACUACUGGCACUCAGUGGUGUAUGUGCCCCAGAUGCAUCAGCCUUCGCCCGUGGAGUCCUAUCCAGCCUAUGCGGAGCCCGGUCCGGUGGUUGACCAGACGGCUGCCCGGCUGUACAGUGACGGGGGGGCGGCCGACGGACGACAAGGACCCCUGGAAACAGCC